GUCUGUUAUCUACUGUCUUAUUUUCUAAAGAUUAAAAAAAAACAAAAACAAUUUGAUAUUUUUAAAACGUAUGUAUUUUAUCUGGUUUAGUUAUUUUAUUUCGAAGAUAGAUCAAAUCUCCGCUCGAAACACCGAGCACCGCCUUGUCACAUCGCGAAAUCUCCAAGGAGAUGCUACCAUUGAGGUAAUAUUUAAUAUCGAAAGUCGUCUGUCUUUUCGUUUUGAGUUCAAAUUCCACCGUGGUCGACUUUGCCUUUCAUCCUUUCGGGGUCGAUAAAUUCAGUACCAGUUGCUGCUGGAGUCGAUCUAAUCGACUGGCUCCCUCCCCACAAAUUUCGGGCCUUGUGCCUAGAGCAGAAAAGAAUAUUUAAUAUCGAAAAUACGGCUGGAGACAUAAUGUCAGCUUCACUCGUUUAUUGUGACAAGAAGAAAGCAGGAGCACCUCCAAUAUUGGUGUAGAAUAAAGUUGAUAAAACAUUGGUUAACCUCAUUCUGACAAUCAGAUAUUUACUUUGGUGAAAAUGUAUAACACACUGAUUGAUUGUUUACAUUUGAAAACGGUAAGUUGAUAAAUGUCUGUUUUAAUGUUGUAACGAAGUAUGAAAAUAACCCUUUCUUCAAUAGUUGCAAGGAGUGAAAUUUUGUUGCGGAGGGAAUUGGUUUAUUUCGUCAGCCUGCUACUCAUCUCACCGACUUCUAAAGGAUGAAAAGCAAAGUCGACUUCGGCAGAAUUUGAACUCAGAAUGUAAAGGCCGCUCGGCAUUUUGCCUGGUGUGCUAACAGUUCUGCGAGCUCACACCCUUAUGCAUGGAGAAAAUAAAUUGGUUUCACUUGGAGGAUAAGGUAAUUAUAUUAUAAUGGGAAAAGAUAUUUCGUAAGAAUACAGUGAUUAUAUUAAACUGAAAAUAAUAAUAAAUUUGCAGAAAAUAUUUCUAUGCCUUGGCUUUUACGUACACGACGAUACUUUCAAACCGAAAUGUUGAUAUGUAUUUUUCAAAGCAUCCUUUAGAAAAUUAACUUCACGGCCAGUUCUAGAAAUGAACUGAAAUUACUAUUAGCAUGCGUAAAAUAUUUCGUUUGUUAAUGUUCCUAGUUCGAUAUAUAGUAUUGCUCGAAUAGUUUACAUGGUCCUUCAAGGCGAAGGUACAACUCUGGAACCCUCAUUGAAAAUUUAAUGAAGUUACGAAAAACAGUUGUGGAAUCAUCUGGAAUUAUUUAUCUCAGAUAUCAGUGAAAAUGGCUUCUCUUUGAUUACGAUCAUGAGGAGUGAGGCUACUUCCUGCGAAGAAUAUUCAGAACAGAUAACUCUCUCAUUGCUCCUUCCCCACGUAAAUGCAUUUAUUAGUCGUUAGAUUUUCUUUUCCGUUAAUGCUUUUUUUCUUUCUUUUCUUCGUCCAUAAUGUUUCUUCUUCCUUGAUCUAUUUCGAAACUCAUAGCAUCAGUUGAUUAUUGGUUUAUGUUGAUUAAAAGAGUUAUUCAGUUACGGCUGAUUUGGGGAGAGAACAGCAACAAUGAGCCACUAUAGUGGAGACUAUGUGGUCACUCAGCCUUCUUGAAAUAGGAGCCAAAUUUCUCUCAAAUUCAACUUAAUUAUCUUACAGAGGAUGGCAGGGUGUACCGGGCGUUCUAGAUAAUGUAUUCUUUGAUAUACAAUGGCAGUGUUAUGAACGGAAUGUAUAUGAUCACAAGUCUGCUUAGUAAAGAAUGAAAGACCAGAGAUUAUGUAACAGUGACAAAAGAUGUUUCUAGAAAGAGAGAAAUGUUAUUGUCCACUAUUCAGAAAAUUUUGGUAUAGUGAACAUAGACACAGAUUAAGUGUAAGAGUUUAUGUUGUAGGAGUGAGUUCAAUCCUUAGGUAAAUUAGGAUGUGUAUCUAUCUAUACACACACAUGAGUGGUGCUGAAAAGUUCCUGGCUUUAAGGAUAUCAUGAAAGGCCUGAUUGGAGGCCCAACCUUCCGAAAAACUGAAGGACUGCUGCAAUAAGUGUGUGAAUCUAAUUAAAAUACUAAAUGGUAUUGGCAUUAAGGCUAUAUCAUCAACGUUUAUCAUCAUUUAAAGACUGAAGAAAAUGGUUAUACAGAAAACUGAAAAAUAUUUCUUUCAUUGGCUGGAAUAUGUACAAAAUGAUUUUGCAUUCUAAUUAAAUUUGCAAAAGGGCACUACACUCCUUUUCUAAUACCAACAACUAUAAAAGUCGAUUGAAAUAUUGCAGAAGAAAGGAAAAAAACAAAUGAAAAGUAUCCAUAUACUGUCGUGAGAAAAUUAAAUGUUAUAGAGCAAUGAAUUUCCACGAAGAAAUGCCAAAAGAGAUGGGGGAAUCAUCAUACCACUGUGAUACCUGUAAAAAGUCAUUCUCCCUGAAAAGCAAGCUUACUACUCAUAAAUGUAUUAAUACAAGUAAGAUACCAGAGAAACGGUAUCAUUGUGAUAUCUGUGGUAAAUCAUACAAUGUAAAAAUUUACUUAACUGAACAUAAACAUAUACAUACAGGAGAGAAACCACACAACUGUGAUAUCUGUGGUAAAUCAUUUGCUCGAAUACGUACGUUAAUUACUCAUAAACAUAUUCAUACUGGUAAAAAACCAUACAGCUGUGAUAUCUGUGGUAAAUCAUUCUCUCUAAGAAGCCACUUAGCUGAUCACAUACGUACCCAUACAGGCGAAAAACCAUAUCGCUGUGAUGUAUGUGGUAAAUCAUUCUCUCAGACAAAUGGCCUAACUCGACACAUACGUAUUCAUACAGGAGAGAAGCCAUAUAAGUGUAAUAUUUGUGGUGAAUCAUUCUCUGAAACAGGAAAUUUAACUAAACACAAAUACAUUCAUACAGGAGAGAAGUCAUAUCACUGUGAUAUCUGUGGAAAAUCAUUCUUUCAAAAAGUACAUUUAAAUUUUCACAUGCGUAUUCAUACAGGAGAGAAACCAUAUCAAUGUGAUAUAUGUGGUAAAUCUUUCAAUAAAGGAAGUGCAGUAACUUCUCAUAAGCGUAUUCAUACAGGAGAGAAACCAUAUCACUGUGAUAUCUGUAGUAAGUCAUUCUCUGAUGGAAGUAAGUUAACUGUUCACAAACGUAUUCAUACAGAAGAGAGGCCAUAUCCCUGUGAAGUCUGUGGUAAAUCAUUCAUUGAUGGACGUACCUUGACUAAACACAAACAUACUCACACAGGAGGGAAACUAUAUCAGUGUGAUAUCUGUGGUAAAUCAUUCUCUCAUGGAAGAGGAGUAGCCGUUCACAAACGUAUUCAUACAGGGGAAAAGCCUUAUCACUGUGAUAUCUGUGGUAAAUCAUUCACUCAAACAAGCCAAUUAACUAUACACAGGAGAUGCAUGCAUACGGGAGAGAAACCCUAUUUGUGCAACAUCUGUGGUGAAUCUUUCACUGAUGGAAGUGGAUUAACUGUUCACAAACGUAUUCAUGCAGGGGAAAAACUUUAUGACUGUCAUAUCUAUGGUAAAUCAUUUUCCAGAACACGUGAAUUAACAAUACUUAAGAGACACAAUGAUACAAAGGAAAAACCAUAUGAUUGUGAUAUCUGUGGAAAAUCAUUCCCUGCUGGAAGUAAACUAACUUUCCACAAGCGUAUUCAUUCAGGAGAAAUACCAUAUUACUGUGAAGCUUGUGGAAAAGCAUUCUCUCUAAAAAAGCAAUUAACAUUACACAAAAGACGCUUUCAUACCAAAGAGAAACAAUAUCAUUGUGAUAUCUGUGGUAAAUCAUUCAAUGAUCAAAGACCACUAAAUCUUCAUAAAUGUAUUCAUACAGGGGAGAAACCAUAUAACUGUGAUGUAUGUAGUAAGGCGUUUAUUUAUAAAAAUGCAUUAAUUGCUCACAAACGUAUUCAUUCAGGAGACAAACCAUAUCACUGUGAUAUCUGUGGCAAAUCAUAUUCUGCAACCAUUAAAUUAACAAUGCACAAAAGACGUAUUCAUACAAAAGAGAAAACAUAUCACUGUAAUAUCUGUGGUAAAUCAUUCACUGACCAAAGUCCAUUAACUGUUCAUAGACGUAUUCAUACAGGAGAGAAACCUUAUCACUGCGAUAUCUGUGGUAAAUUGUUUGCUUAUGCGAGUGCGUUAACUGUUCAUAAACGUAUCCAUACAGGAGUAAAACCUUAUCGCUGUGAUAUCUGUGGUAAACCAUUCUCUGAAAAAUAUCAUUUAACUAAACACAAAUAUACUCAUACAGGUGAAAAACUAUACCACUGUGAUAUCUGUGGUAAAUCCUUCUCUCAGACAAGCCAUUUAACUGUUCAUAGACGUAUUCAUACAGGCGAGAAACCAUAUCAUUGUGAGAUGUGUGAUAAAUCAUUUUCUCAAACAGCUCAUUUAACAAUUCAUAGACGUAUUCAUACAGGAGAUAGACCCUAUAAGUGUAAUAUUUGUGGUAAAUCUUUCUCCCAAAAUAGUGAUGUGACUAAACACUACCGCAUUCAUACAGGGGAAAAACCUUACCAGUGUAAUAUCUGUGGUAUAUCAUUCUCUUUAAGUACUGCUUUAAGUAGUCACAAAUACAUUCAUACAGGAGAAAAACCAUAUCACUGUGAUAUCUGUGGCAAAUCAUUUUCCAAAAAUAGUUUAUUAACUAAACAUACAUGUGUUCAUUCUGAAGAAAAACUACAUCACGAUGACAUCUGUUAAAAAGCAUCAUUUUCUGUAGCAAAUCACUCAUCAACAUUGAAAGAUACCCUUUGUGAAGUGGGUGGCAAAUGAACAGAGACAUCAGCACUCUAAUGUUGCCAGGGAUAUGAGGGCGUCUCCACUUCUGGCUUUAUGAUAGUACAUCUAAUACGCCUUCAAAAAGAAUCAUAAGUAGGGCAGACAGAUAUGAUAACCUUGUCCCUGGAAAAUAGAAAUGAAAUGCUUUUCCUGACUCAUCUAACAUGCAGAAUGGAUCUUUUUCUGUUAUUUUGUGGUAGUAAUAAAUGAUUCCUUAAAGAUA